CUGGGGGAAGGAGCUUUGUGCUGCUCCGGCCUCGGAGUGUUUGGAGGCUCUGUCUGCCCUCCUUGGGAACAGGGAUGGAGCGGUGACCCCCUGCUCACUCCUCCCAGACAGCACCCAGCACGGGAAUAUCCUCCACUCGUGGCCGUGGCAGCCCCUUCUCCCUCCCUGUGGAAUGCUGCUGCCCCAGGGAAAUCGGGAGUCCCUCCCGGAGCCACGGAUUCCUCUCAUGGUUUAUUCCUCUGCCUGGAGCCGUCUCCUCGGGGCUGGACGCCCUAAAAAUGGGGGAUGAAGACAGUUUUGGGGGGAAAGUGUGUGUGGGGGUCGCCUCUACGCCUCCCGUCCGGCGAGUGGGAGCAGAUCCCGGGUAUUCAGGGCCACCCGAUCCUGGGGAAGGAGAUCCGGGGGAAAUCGUGCCCAGCUCCGGGUGCCGCCGCCGCCCCGCCCGUGCCCCCCGCUCUGCGGGGAGGAGCCGCAGCAGCCUAAUGGCCCUUGAUGGAUUUUUCUUCCAGGAAUUCGCUGCGGACCAUCCAGAUCAUGACGGGAUUCCUGCACAUCGGCUUCGGGAUCGUCCUGACCACCCUCACCAAUGUCUACACCUCCGUCUUUGUCAUCGGAGAGAUCCCCUUCCUGGGCGGCGUGUCGUUCAUCAUCUCCGGGUGCCUCUCCAUCGGCGCCGAGAAGAGCCCCACGGAAUGCGCCGUGAAGGGCAGCCAGACCAUGAACGUCAUCAGCGCCAUCUUCGCGCUCCUGGGAAUCGUGGCCUUCAUCGUGGACCUCAACCUCAACGGGCUCUACCGCUCCAGCUUCAACUACUACAGCUAUCUCGUCCUGCUCGCAGGGAACGGCAUUUCCAUCGUGCUGCUCAUCUUCACCAUCCUGGAAUUCUGCAUCGCCGUGGCCACCGCCAAUUUCUGGUGCCGGGCCACCCGCCUCAGCUCCAACGAGGCCAUGCUGAUUGUCCCCAGCGCCACCCGCGUGGAUCUGGCCGUGCCACCGGCAGAGCUGCCUCAGCCUCCCAGCUACACCGAGCUGACUGCUCCCGAAGUCUGAUGCCGAGGAUGUCGGAAUGGGAUCCUGCCUCCAUCGCUCCUAAAUCCCAGGGCUACGGCAUCCUCCUCCCACUGUGCUGCUGCCUGGGAUGUGCUGGUCCCCCCCCAAAAGCCAGGGACUCCCCCAAAUUCCCUGGGCAUGGUCUGAGGGGCUCCACUUGCUGGCUGCUGUGGAAAGGGGCUUCUCCAGGUGGGAAUCUUGGGCAAUUCCUGCCUGUCAAUCCCUGCUGGGAUGCUGGGGUUCGCUCACGUUGGGGUUCAGGAAUUCCUGGCGGUCUGGUGGUUUGGAGUGAGCCCGACGUGUGCCGGGAGUCGGGCGGGUCACUGGAGCAUCUACCUCGGCUCGUCCCCCGUCGGCUUCAUUUUAUCUCGGGAAUAAAUGCUCUCUCCGGGCUUGUGUCUCCUCAA